AUGACGUCUUCAGAGCUCACAUGUGAAAGCAGACCUGGUGGUGCAUAUGCACGAGAAUGCACUGUCAAAUUUGUGGUAUGCAUUUCUGGCUUAGCAACCUAUUACCGUUGCCUAUCACCUCUUCUGUAUGAUAUAGAAUCACAGAUGUGCUGUGACAAGGAACUCGUCAGUACUUGGUACAAUACGUUGAUAACGGAAUUGGGAGGUACCUCAAUGAAUUCCUCAUGUGAGUCAUGUUUUGCAGACUUCUAG